CUUCCUAGUGCAAGUGGCUGGCGAAUCACCAAGGCCAGGACCCUCUGGCGGGUUUCUGAAUCGUACCAGAAGCCAAAUGUGUGCGUGCACAUGCAUGUGUGUGCAUGUCUGCAUGUGUGUGUGUGCAUUUACACGUGUGCAUGUGUGCGAAUGUGUGUAUGUGUGUGUGCAGGUGUGCGUGUGCAGGCAUGUGUGCAUGUGUGUGUGUGCAGGUGUGCAUGUGUGUGCAGGCAUGUGUGUGUGCACACAGGUGUUUGUGUGUGCAUGUGUGUGCAGGCGUGUGUGUAUGUGUGUGUAUGUAGGUGCGUGUGAGCGUGUGUGUGUGCAGGGGUGUGUGUGUGUACAGUGUGCUGUUGUCCCUCACCAAAGGCUCUCAAGCAAAGUGAGCUGUCAUGGGAUAAGAGGGAAGCUGCUCUCAUGGAUUGGAAACUGGUUACAAGACAGGCAACAAAGGACAGGAAUAACUGGUCAGUUUUCAGAAUGGAGAGAGGUAAAUAGUGGUGUCCCCCAGGGGUCUGUUCUGGGCCCAGUCCUAGUCACCAUACUCAUAAAUGGUCUGGAAAAAGGGGUAAACACUGAGGUGGCAAAAUUUGCUGAUGAUACAAAACUACUCAAGAUAGUUAAGUCCCAGGCAGACUGUGAAGAGCUGCAAAGGGGUCUCACAAAUCUGGGUGAUUGGAUUGCAAGGCUCAGCAGCCCCUGUUCCCAGGCUCACCCUGACUCAGCAUGGGCAGAUGAAAUUCAGUGAUGAUAAAUGCAAAGUAUUGCACCUUGGAAAACAUCAUCCCAACUAUACAUAUGAAAUGAUGAGGUCUAAAUUACCUGUUAUCACUCAAGAAAGAGAUCUUGGAGUCAUUGUGGCUCGUUCUCUGAAAACAUCCGCUCAAUGUGCAGCUGCAGUCAAAAAAAGCAAACAGAAUGUUGGGAAUCAUUAAGAAAGGGAGAGAUAAUAAGACAGAAAAUAUCAUAUCGCCUCUAUAUAAUUCCAUGGUAUGUCCCCAUAUUGAAUACUGCGUGCAGAUGUGGUCGCCCCGUCUCAAAAAAGAUAUAUUGGUUUUGGAAAAGGUUCAGAAAAGGGCAACAGAAAUGAUUUGGGGGAUGGAAUGGCCACUGUAUGAGGAGAGAUUAAUAAGACUGGGACUUUUCAACUUGAAAAAGAGACAAAGGGGGGAUAUGAUCGAGGUCUAUGAAAUCAUGGCUGGGGUGGAGAAAGUAAAUAGGGAAGUGUUAUUUACUCCUCAUAACACAAGACCUAGGGGUCACCAAUGAAAUUAACAGGCAGCAGGUUUAAAGCAAACACAAGGAAAUGUUUCUUCACGCAACGCACAGUCAACCUGUGGAACUCUUUGCCACAGGAUGUUGUGAAGGCCAAGAGUAUAACAGGGUUAAAAAAACAACUAGAGAAGUUCACGGAGGAUUGGUCCAUCAAUGGGUAUUAAGCAGGCUGGGCAGGGAUGGUGUCCCCACCUCUGUUUGCCAGAAGCUGGUAAUGAGCCACAGGGGAUGGAUCACUUGAGGAUUCCCUGUUCUGUUCACUCCCUCUGGGGCACCUGGCAUUGGCCACUGUUGGAAGACAGGGUACUGGGCUAGAUGGACCUUUGGUCUGACCCAGUCUGGGCGUUUUUAUGUUAUCAACGGAGGGGCCAGUGCUUUCUGAUGGGGUGCGUGGGGCAGGGGUGAAAUUGCAACAUCGGCAGGAGAUUUCCUGCAAACCUGAAAUCUGACCCAGUUUGCAAAAAUGCUGGGUCUCUAUAGAUGUGUAGUUCCCAACAUGCAGCUCUGCCAGUGCCUCGCAAUCCUGACCCGCAGACCCCUAGUAUCCCAGCCCUGGGCUCCCCCCCCCCCGCAGCUCUGCCAGUGUCCCUCACUCCCGACCCACAGCCCCCUGCUAUUCCAGCCCUGGCCUCCCUGCGUAGCUUUGCCUGUGGUCUCACUCCUGACACUCUAGCACUGUGGACAAUAGAUUUAUCCUUACCCCCUGCCAGUGAGGGUUACCCCCAUUUCACAGAUGGGGAAACUGAGGCACGGGGCAGGUGUGACUUGCCUGCGUUUCUGUGCCUGCUUUGAAUGCAAGUCUCACCAGCGGAGUGCUGGGCUCCUGCUGGAGAUGGAGCUUCAGCACUAGCCAUCAGCACCCACAUGUCUCUGCCGAUGCGCCUCAACUCCUGCCCUCAGCCCCCUGCAGUCCCAGCGCUGCAGACCACACACAAGACAUGGAAAGUGCCUCCUGGCUGAACAGGGAGUCGGGCUGACCCUGCUGGACAGGUUUCAGUGCCCCGCCCUGGGGCCCCUGAGCUCUCCUAGCGGGAGGCUGCCGUUAGCGGAACCCCCAGGAUACAGGGGUGCGGGCGGUUCCCAGCUGAUUGGCUGCUGCUAGGCAACAGCCUCAGCUGCAGGGAAACAAGGGGCUAGGAGAAGAUGCUGCAGAGGUGGCCUUAGGGAGCAGCGGUGCGGGGAGGAGCCUGUAGCCGCAGGGCAAGUUGUCCCAUCGCUGCUGGGAGACGGGUGAGGCCUUGCUCCAGUCUGAUCCGGCCAGUCCUUCACAGGAGCCGUGCGCUGGGUGGAUGUUGGAUGUGAUGAGUCUGCAAGGCUCUGCAGCCCCUGUUCCCAGGCUCACCCUGACUCAGUAUCCACAGCAUGGCUGGGGUGGCACGGCCCCCAACAGCUUGUGCACAGUCUUGUGGGCUAGAUGGGAGGGAAGGCUGAGCACCGCUGAACCAACAGUGGAUUCGCUGAGACGCGUCACCCUGAGACCUCCCCACCCCCUCUUCCCGGCUCAGUGACUUGCUUCUCCAGGCCCAGCCCCCUCUAUUAUAGCUUCCACAUUUCAGGGGGGGGCACCGCUUGGGAACCGGCCUGGCUCCUGAAGCAGUGAGGAGCUACCGAGGAAAGGUCCUUGCUGGCUCCAGCCCGGGGCAGCCUGUGACGUGAGCCCAGUGCCAAGGAGCCAUGGCAGGAGGAGAGGCCCGACUGUCUCAUCGCGGCCGAACGAGACCCUGCGGCCGGAGCCAAAGCUGGACAAUUCAGACUGGAAAGAAGGGGCAGAUUUUGAACCGGAGGUGGGGGGAAUUAGCCAUUGGAGCAGCUGCCCCACAGGGCCAGGGCAGAUUCUCCAUCAUGUGCCCGCUGUCAAUCAAGACAGGACGUCCUUCCAAAUCUAGCACAGCCGGAUGAGGGGCUUGAUGCAGGCAUUGCUGGGUGAGUUUCUAGGCCUGCACACCAGAGGGGUCAGUGGGAGCAUGGGCCAGUGCCCAGAGCAGGAGACUCGCAGACUGGGGUUCUAGUACCCAUGCAGCAACUGGCCUGGCACUGUCCUGCCUCAGUUUCCCCAGCCAGCUAAUGAGAUUGGCCUCAUUUUGCGGAGCGCUUCGCGACCUACGACAGAGGAAGCUACAUAAGAAUAAGGUAUUGUUCUCAAUUGUCCUAUCUGGCUUUAAAGCCUUGCAGCCGCCUUUAUGGUGCUUUACUCCCGCUCUGGGGCGAAAGCAAAUCCCUCUCUGCUUUUUACUGUGGUUGCGCAUUCGGUGGUGGGUUAACACACAGUGUACCAAUGUUCUGAGCUUAUUACAGACGUGAGCAGCUCGUGUGAUCCGCGUUCACAGCUUCCUAGAUCCCCAGGCCAGAAACGACCAUUGCGAUCUUCUGGUCUGACCUCCUGGAGAACACAGGCCUUGGGGAUUCCCUCCAUCCGUUCAGAGCUGAGACAAGCACCCACCCUGAUCUAAAAACUGCCAGUGCUUACAAUCCACUGGGACCCGGGGGAAGCUGGUCCGAUUCCUUGUAAAUUGGAAGCUGCAUACAAGGUGCUGGAAGAUGGGCUGCUUCUCAUUCCUGAAGCUGAUGAUGUUUGUGUUCAAUGGCGUUAUAUUUCUGAGCGGGUUGGCCGUGCUGGGCAUUGGCAUCUGGGUGAAGGUGGAUGGAGGCUCCUUCGUGCAGAUCCUGGGGGCCGCCGCGCCCCAGCUGAUGCAGCUGAUCAACGUGGGGUACCUGUGCAUCGCUGUCGGCACCUUCCUGCUGCUUAUGGGCUUCCUGGGCUGCUGCGGGGCCAUGAAGGAGAGCAAGUGCAUGCUGCUGCUGUUCUUUGUCAUUAUCCUGAUUCUCUUCAUCGCUGAAGUCGCGGGGGCCGUCGUAGUCCUCGCCUUCUCUUCCGUGGCUGAUAUAUUCAUUGAGCACCUGAAAAACUGGGCUGUGAAAACCUUACGAGAGGAUUACGGGAGGCGGGAUGAUGUGACUGCAAUCUGGGACACAACCAUGAAGGAGCUGAAAUGCUGUGGCUUCAACAACUACAAGGAUUUCAACAGCUCCUACUUCUACCAAACUCACAGCCAGACUUAUCCCACGGGCUGCUGCCUGCCACCCAAGCAUGAAUGCCUAGAAUCUGAACUGGACAGCACCAAGCAGGGCUGCUUGCAUGAGUUCCAGACUUUCCUGAGCAGGAAUGGGAAGAUUGUUGGAGGGGUGGCGUUAGGAAUCGGUGUGCUUGAGCUGGCAGCAAUGGCCGUUUCCCUGGUUCUGUAUUGUCAGAUCGGGACGAACGCCUGACAAACAAGAUUUCCACCGGAAACACAAAACGUCUCUCCUGCCGUCCAUAACACCUCCUGCCUUUGCGUCUUCCUGGUGUUCACUGCGAGAGAAACCUAACUUUUCUUAUUCAUAACUCAUCACUAAUAUUUCCUGUUAAUCUGUAAUAGCACUGAGCAAUCAGAUGGAUACGACGCCAAUGAGGCUACAGUGAAAAUUGGGAUGGUAUCUUUUCCAUGCUAUUUUUUGUGUAUGUUUCAAUGGUAAAUUCGAUCUGAUUUGUUUUUCUUGCGUGCUCAACAAGAAAUUAGCUUAAAGGUGGCAGUCUAAACAUCUAAAAGCAGAGAAUGAAACCAACAUGCCCCCUGCCACGUGUUAUUGUAGACCCUACCCCAAACACACACUGACUGAGGAUCAUUUAUGUAGCUCUUACAGUACUUCCUUUCAUUUGUCACAUGCUUUGAGCAGUGACACAGUAAGCCAUGUUGACGUUUUAACGUACUGUCAUUGCAUCUGAAUUGCAGCGAAAAGGGCAGGUCAUCCCUUUCAGAGUGACUGAUUCAGGCUCUCUGCAAACUCAGGCAGAUGUCACUGCAUUGGUUACUUCACAUUUUGAAGGUUUUCUUUGCAGCCGUAACAGCUAGAGACUGGCUCCCUCCCCUCUUCUUUUAAUGAAAACAGAGACUUGGGGGAAUAAUUAUGAAUUCCAUUCACCCCUCUGUGCUCACUACAGCUUUAAACAUGCCCGACAAUCUGAGAAACACUUCAACGAUGCACUUUUACUGAUCUAGCACAUCAUGAACUUGAAUUCUAAUGAAAUAUUUCAUGUCCCUUUUUCCUCCCCCCUUGUGUGUGUUUGGAAAAGAUCAAGUCAACAAUGUGUCAUUGGUUUUCUGCACCCGACAAUGUUUUUUCUGCCAGUGUCUUGUAUUUGUAUAAAUUAAAUAUCCAUGAUCUUUCUAUGCA